UAACUCGAAACUCCUCGACCUCCCCCUCUUAUGUAGUGGUAAAGCUGAGCUGAAAGUUCAAACCAGCUCAUUCCAGCACACCCCCAAGCUGGUCUGAGUUGCGAACGCAGUCUAUAACAGGCCUAGCAUUCUCGAGAGCUAGUCAAUUUAUUUCCUAACAGACAUGGCUAUGGAGCACACUUAUUCCGCUACUCCCGCAGAUUGGAAGCGAGGUCGCCUGCUCGGGUCGGGCUCGUUCGGUCGCGUGCACAUCGCAGUCGACAACGCGUCCGGCGAUUUUUUCGCAGUGAAGUCCGCAUCGUCGCAGCCCGCCGAUCGCACGUCACAUGCGUCGCCGGCGUCGCCCCAGCGACAAGAGCGCCUGAGCAACAACAACGGCGCAGUCGAAGCUCUGGAAAACGAAAUCUCUAUCCUUUCCACCCUGGACUGCCCGCAAAUCGUCGGCUUUCGCGGCGCGGAUUGGUCACAGGAAGCCGACGCGAAGGUUCGGAACAUGUACUUAGAGUACGCCGCGGGCGGCUCCGUCGCGGGGCUUCUAAGAUCCUCCUCGGGGCGCUGCCGCGGACUCGACGCGUUGACUCUUAAGAGGUUCACUAAGGACGUCGUUAAGGGGCUCGGCUACCUCCACGAGCGGAGCGUCGUUCACGGAGAUAUUAAGAGCCUUAAUCUCCUCCUCACCAGCGACGGCCACGUCAAAAUCGCCGAUUUCGGCGCCGCCUUCCGCGUCGGCAGCACCGCCGCCACCACCGCCGCCGCCUCCGGGGCGGGGGUCAGCGCGGGCGGAGUCGCGAUUUGGUCCGCGGCCGCCGCCGCCGCCAGUGGCGCAACCCACGGGCUGCGCGGGACAGCUAACUGGAUGGCACCGGAGGUCGGGCGCGGGGAGCAACAGAGCUGCGCCGUCGAUAUCUGGUCUCUGGGAUGCACGGUUCUCGAAAUGGCGACCGGGCGGCCCGCGUGGAGCGACGUGACAGGCGGCAUGUUCUCCGUGCUUUACGCUGUGUCGUGCACCGAGGAGAUGCCGCGGAUUGCGGCGGAGGUUCCGGCGGCGGUGCGCGGGUUUAUUGGGUGCUGCCUGCGGAGAAAUCCCGCGGAGCGCUGGACGGCGGCGGAGCUGCUGGCGCACCCGUUCCUCGCGGAGGUCGCGGAGGGGGAAGAGGGGGAAGCGGAGAAGGCUGCGGAAGAGGGUGCGCGGAAAGCGGCGCUCGUUUGCGCCACUCCCCGCUCCCCGACUUCCCCGUUCGAGUUUGGCCUCGAUUCCGACUCCGAAUGUGAUUCGAUUGCGCAUGUGACAGCAGCGGGCGGAAAGGGCGCUUCGCCUAAGCGAAAGCGCGCCUGCAGCGGCGAGGAAUAUUCCGACGAUGCUGAUGACGUGGCAGUGUGCAAGCGCGCGCGCGACGCAGCGGAGCAGAAGCAGUCGUUUCAGUGGCCCAAGUCCGUUCUGUGCCCCGUUGCUGCUGAUUGGAUCGUCGUCCUCGCGUUGCGACCCGUUGUAGACACCUAGAAACCCUAACUACACUGCUGAGUCACCCCCUCAAAUCGAGUGCGGGAUUCGCGUGACCCCGCUACCUUCAGGGUUUAGAAGACCUUAGGGCGUAAGCCGAUUAGGGUUAGCAUCGCCCCUGCAGCCACUAUCGGAGUGGUUUGUACAGAUUGAAAGUGACAACAGCAGGGGGGGUUUCCCUAGGUUGGGAACCCUUCAUUAGAAUCACUGGCAGCAAGCCCUUACUGGGGUAAUGGCCAGCAUCACCAUUCCAAUUUUGACACUGAUUGACUGUACAGUUGCUAUAUUAAAAGGAGACGAGAUGA